UCUUCUCGAAUGCCACUAGUAUUGGGAAUUUUUACAUUCUUCAAGUUUUCAUUUUAAGGUCUGAGGUUAUGUGCUAUGUAUAUGUUUGUACAAUUGUAUCGACAAACGUAUAGAAAACGUAAACUCUAAAUUAAUAUUAAUAAUAAAAUUAAUAAAAUUUAAUAUAAAUAAUAUGGGAUCAAAUAAACGUCAUAAAAAUGAAAAAACUCGUGAUAUUAAAAAAAAACGUCAUCGUAGUAGAUCAAGAUCAUAUACACCUGAACGUGAAAAAAAUGAUAAGCAUAGUAGUAGCAGCAACAGCAGGCAUCAUAAAAAACACAAGAGAAAAGAACGUAGAGAAUACGACAGUGAUGUUGAAAUAGUAAGUGCUCCACCACCACCAAAAAUAUCAAAAACUAGUCAUGAUCCAACACCACCACCACCAGAAAUAUCAACAAAACAACGUAGUCAAUCACCACCACCAUCAUCAUCAUCACAAAAAAAUAAUAAUAAUUCACAAGCAUCAUUAUCAAUUGAAGAAACAAAUCGUGUACGUGCAACACUUGGAUUAAAACCACUUGAAGUUAAUACAACAUCAUCAAAAGAUGAACCAAAUAAAUUAAAAGAUGAUCUUGGUGAAUUUUAUCAUAAACCAGCAAUAAAUAAUGCUGAAAUACAACGUACUGAAAAAUUAAAAGAAAAAUUAAAUUUAACAAAAGAUAAACGUAAAAUUGAAACAUCAUUAUUAAAAAUAAAACCACUUGGUGAACAUGAUUCAGAUGAUGAUAUUAAUGAAUGGGUUAAUAAAAGUCGUAAAUUAUCAAAUGAAAAAAAAAAAGCUGAAGAACGUGCUAAAAUAUUAGAUCAACUUGAUGAAGAAUUUGGUAUUAAUGAAAUUGUUAAUGAUGAUGUUAAAUUACAACGUAAAAAAAAAUAUACUGAACGUAAUUUACAUGGUUUAAAAGUUGAACAUAAUAUUGAAAAUUUUGAUGAAGGACAAACAGUUAUAUUAACAUUAAAAGAUAAAAAUGUAUUGGAUGAUGAUAAUGAUGUACUAGUAAAUGUUAAUAUGAAAGAUGAUGAAAAAUAUAAAAAAAAUGUUAUAAUUAAAUCUAAAAAACCUGGUUAUGAUGCAUAUGAUGAUGAUAAUUAUGAUGAAUAUGGUUUUUCAAAAGGUAAUGUUUUAGAUAAAUAUGAUGAAGAAAUUGAUGGUGUUAAAAAUGAUACAUUUUGUAUUGGUAUUGAUAAUGCUAAAGAAAUUGCUGAAAAACGUAAAAAUAUUGUUAAACAAAAAUUAGCAAAUAAAAAACUUGAAACAUUAACAUUACCAGAAUUAAAAUUAGCAAGUGAUUAUUAUAAUACAGAAGAAUUGGAAAAAUUUAAAAAAACUAAAAAAAAAAAAAUACGUAAAAUACGACAAGUUAAAACACUUAAAGCUGAUGAUUUAAUACCAGAAACUGAUUAUUUACGUGAUAUUGGAAGUCGUAGAAAACGUAAUAAUGAUGAUAGCAAUAAAAUUGAUAAUAAUAAAGUUGAUAAUAAUGAUAUUAUUGAUAAUGCUGAUUAUGAUAUACCAUCAAUGACGUCAAAUAAUUGGAUUGAUUGUAAGCUUGAAGAUGAUGAUGAAUAUGAAAUUAAAAAUGCUAUAAAAAAUUCACAAAAAGUAAAAAAAAAUUUUAAGCUUGAUUUAUUAGAUAUAACUGACGAUUUAAAUUCAGAAAAUAUAUAUAUUAAUGAUGCUAUUAAUUACAAUAAUAAUGUUAAUAAUGUUAAUGAUGUUAAUGAUGAUAAGGAUGAUAAAGAUGAUAAAAAUGAUCAAGAUAAAAAGAUUAAGUAUAAAAAUAUAACAUUAAAUUCAACAGCUGAAUUUUGUCGUACAUUGGGUGAUAUACCAACUUAUGGAUUAGCUGGUAAUCGUGAAGAAAAACCUACUGAAAUAAUGGAUAUUAAAAUUGAAAAACAAAAAGUUGAUUUACCAAUUAUCAAUGGUGAUGAUAAUAUUAAUGAUGAACGUGGUAUGUGGAAUUCAGUUGAUUCAGAUGAUAUUAAAAGUGAACCAGCUGUUGCUGAACAAGCAAUACUUGAUGCUGAACCAUCACUUGGACAAGGUGUUGGUGGUGCAUUAAAAUUAGCUAUGAGUAAAGGUUAUUUACAAUAUGAAGAUUCAAAUCGUCCAUCAGCAAGUCGUUUUGCUCAUUUACAAGCACAAAAUUAUUCAAUUGAAGAUAAAGCAUAUGAUGGUGAUGAUAAAUUUGGUAGACGUGAUCGUUUUAAUGGACCAACAUCUGAUUUUAAAGAAAAAGAUGGUUUUAAACCAAAUGUUAAAUUAGAAUAUAUUGAUGAUGAUGGACAUGUUUUAUGUCCAAAAGAAGCAUUUAGAUAUUUAAGUCAUAAAUUUCAUGGUAAAGGUCCAGGUAAAAAUAAAGUUGAAAAAAGAAUGAAAAAAAAUGAACAAGAAGUUUUAAUGAAAAGAAUGUCAAGUACUGAUACACCACUUGGUACAUUAAAUUUAUUACAAUCUAAACAAAAAGAAACACAAUCACCAUUUAUUAUUUUAAGUGGUAAUAAACAAUUACAAGCAACAUCAAUAUCUAAAACAAAACAUUAAUAAUUAAUUACUUGUUCAUUUUUUCUUUUUUUUUUUCUACAAAACAAUUUAGCUUGUUUAUUUUAUUUUUUUAUUUUGCAUUAAACAUUUUUUUCAAUUAAAAUCAAAAGCAUAAUUUAUAUAGUAAAACAAAAUAGUGUAAAUACAAUCAUGUUAUUUUAUUUGAGGAAAAAAAAUGCCUUCUUUUGGAUUGAUUUUGUAAGGUAUAUAAAAAAAUUAAAUAAUUUUUUUUUUUUUUAAAUAUAAUUUAAAUAAAUUAUUGAAAAUUAUUUAUCAUAAUUUUUUGAUUUUUUAUUUUCAGCAUAAUUAAAAUUAAAAAUAUUCAGAAAAAUAAAA